AUGCCGGAAAAAGCACUUUUGAAGUUGCUGCUGGUCGGCGACUCUGGUGUUGGAAAGUCGGCGAUUUUGAUACGAUACGCGGACAAUACUUUUACGGAUGUCUACACGGGCACAAUUGGGGUCGAUUUCAAAUUGAAGAAGAUCUACAAAAGGGGCGAAGAAUUAACGCUUCAAAUCUGGGACACGGCCGGGCAGGAACGAUUCAAAUCUCUUGUUAGAUCAUUUUACAACGGUGCUAAUGGAGUCGUCGUCGUCUUUGAUCUCAGCAACAGGACAUCUUUUGAGGCGAUCAGAAGGUGGAUGAGCGAGAUAAGAGAAAAUUGCGAUGAAAUUCCUCGGAUUCUGGUUGGAAACAAAGUCGAUGGACCUAGAAGUGUUUCGCAAGCAGAGGGUGAACAAAUCGCAGCAAAAUACGGCUUACAAUACAUAGAAACAUCCGCAAAAACAAAUUUGCGAAUCGAAGAAACCUUCGAAAAGCUAACCGACCAGAUCAUGAUUCAAAGAAAGCCGAAAACGCCGAGGACUGAUAAUGAUAAAAUCUACCCUGGCAAAAAGCAGAAACGAAAGAAAAAGACGAAACCCGCCAAAUGCAGCCUCAACUAG